AGGAUGAUGUCUGUUCGGCUGAGGGGGCGGCGGUUGGCGGCUUGUCUUGUGCUGGUGGUGGUGGCGACCUUUGGCGUGUAUCACCUGAUUGCCCUCCACACCCAGAUGGACGUGCAUGAUAGGGUGUACCUCAGGAAAAUGAUGGAACGUAGUGUGUUAUCCGGAUCAGAUGACUUUUCUAGUCCAACACACCUCGCCUGUCAGCACCCAAACUUGGAGGUGGAAAACCCGGAGAUCUACAAAUUCUUCCAUCACGUGGACCCCAUAAUGUGCAGACAGGAGGCGGAGUGGGUGGUGGUGCGGGGGUCGGUGGCCACCAUCACCCAGAAGGCCAAGGAAAAGCAUGGUGAUAUUGAAUGUGCCUUCUCUGAGGUGCUGCGCAAUGGGGACAACAAGGUGAAGCGCGGUGCCACAACCACCACGCAUGACACCUUCACCUUCACCACCACUGACUUCUACACUGUCUCCUGCACUGCCCAGGAUGGCAAUACGUGGAGCAACACAGUGGCUGGCAUCAGACAGGAUGAGGAGAUCAAGGCCAACACAGGAUGGGACAAGGUGCCACAAGACUCGGUUCACCUUAACUUUCUCAUGAUCGGAUUUGAUUCCCUGUCACGCAACACCUUCAUCAGGACGCUGCCCAAGACCUAUGCCUUCUUGACCAAGGAUCUCGGCGGCCAUGUGAUGCAAGGGUACAACAUUGUGGGGGAUGGGACGCCACAGCAACUCCUUCCCAUUCUUACAGGCAAGACAGAGCUGGAGCUGCCUGAGACCCGCAAGAGGAUGGGCAACAAGGCGCAGUUCGUCAAUGUCUAUCCCUUUGUGUGGAAUGACUUCAGCAAGAAUGGAUACGUAACCAUGUACUGCGAGGAUGCCCCACACAUUGGCACCUUCCAGUACCGCCUGCAAGGGUUUGAUGCCGUGCCCACACACCAUUACAUGAGGCCCUUCUACCUGGUGACCUACCCACAGCACAAGGAACACCCACGUCUCUGUCUGAGGAACACUCCACGCCAUAAGGUUCUCUUUGACUACAUCCACAACUACAUGACAGUGCAUAAGGAUCGACCCAAGUUUGCCUUCACCUUCCACUCUGAGCUGAGCCAUGACGACUUCAACCUCAUCUCUGUGGCUGACAACGACCUGCUGGCGUUGCUCACCUCACUGAGGGAUGAGGGGCACCUCAACAACACAGUGCUGGUGUUGAUGAGCGACCAUGGCCACAGGUUCACCAGCAUCCGAAGCACACUGCAAGGAAAGCAGGAGGAGCGUUUGCCCUUCCUGGCCCUAGUGCUGCCUCCCUCGUUCAAGGCUGCUCACCCCUCAGCUGCUGAUAACGUCAGGAUGAACAUUCAUCGUCUCACAACGCCAUUUGACCUCCAUCCGACCAUGCAGGACUUGCUGCACUUCCCUGGAGCAAGACUGGGCCAAGUGGCGGACCGCGGCAUCUCCCUCUUUAGUCAGAUCCCUGCAUCAAGGACGUGUACUGAUGCCUUUGUGGAGCCUCACUGGUGUGCCUGCCUCAAGUGGGAACCCAUCAAUGUGGAGGAGGACAUGGUGCAGCGGGCAGCUCAGGCACUGGUCCAUUACAUCAACACCUAUACAGCUUCACAUCGCUCUAUCUGCCAACAGCUGACCCUCAGUCAGCUCCUGUGGGCUGGCAAGCUGCUCCCCACUAAAGGCCUCCUAAAGUUCAAGAAGAACAUGGAUGUGGACGGGUUUAUGCCAGACUUGACGGAUGAGACAUCAGUGAGUGAGGUGGUAUACCAGGUGACCGUGACCACCUCCCCAGGUCUGGCUCGCUUUGAGGCCUCCCUCACCUACUCCAUCAAGUUGGACACCUUCUCUGUCAAGAUGGACGACGUGAGCCGCACCAAUAAGUACGGUGACCAGGCACACUGUGUCAUGAAAGACCUGGAUCACCUUAGGAAGUUCUGCUACUGCCGCGAGCCACCUCCUGCGCCUCAGGACUCCUAGGACUUGCCCGACGCUGAGGGACGCCUCCGGGUGAUGCCUCAGUCUCAAUUUGCUGCCUCAUCCCGCCGCCGCCGCCACCACCACCACCACCCCUCCAGGACACCAGAUGCCCAUCCUCUGCAUGACCUUGGCCUCUAGUGCUCAUGCUGUGGGACUUGUGAAGUGUGUGGGAGUGUGUGGUGACUCAUUUGGUAGGAUGUUGCACAGCCUCCACCUGUGUGUGUGUGUGUGUGUGUGUUACAAAACAAUCAUUACCGAUUACCGCACAGAAAAGUCUACUGACUUUGCAGUGUGUUCAUUGCUAAGAAUUAUGUAUAUUUUCAUUCAUUUAUGUAUCUUUCCAUGUCUUCUGCCUGUCUGUCUAUCCAUCUCUGUUUAUCUAUAUAUCUAUCUGCCUUUUAUCUUUUCAUCAGUGCACUCCACACUCAGACAGGCAAGCUUGGCACAGCAGAAGUGUGAUGACUGCUGUGCCACAAGAACUUAAGGGUGCUUCACUGCACAAGGCAUAUCAGGUGCUGCCUCUUGGGACCAGCAGGCACUGUGGGGCCUGCCAGGGGUCAAAAUGGGAGAGGAAAUGGGUACCUUUGCCUAAGGAAGUUGCACCACAAAAUAUAGUGGAAUAUUUUGUACAAUUUGUCACGGAGGAGGAGGAGGAGGAGUAGUAGUAGUAGGAGGAGGAGGAAAAGAGCCAUAUGUCUUCUUGUGAUAACCUGAUUAGUACAUGUACAUUGCCAAGUUGUUAUUAAGAUGUUUUCACUUUGGAGAUGUAUAUUUGUAGGUAGCAUAGCCAAAGCAGGUGGUUGUGAUGGUGGGUGUAACUUUUCAUAACUGUGCUGUGGUAGGCAUAUGGUUUUUCUUUGGGUUAUAUUUAACUUAAUUAGGUAAGUUUACCUUAAGUUAGAAGGUUUUGUAUCUUAUCUCUUGUGCAAUUUAUUUAAUUCUUCAGUUUAUCAGCAGUUUUAAUGCUGAGUUAAUUUUCUAAUAUGGCUGUGUGUUGCUUUGCUUAUCAUAUGAUUUUUUUAAUUAAUUAAUUUAUUUAUAUUUGUGACAGAUGUGAUGAUAGACGAAACCUGUAUCAUGUCCCUGUUUCUGAUAUCUUGAAUCCCUUUCAUGUCAUUUAUUAACUAUUUAAGUGAUGCUGGAUAUAAUGGUGCACAUGUUUCUGUAUUAUGGGUGUUCAUAAUUGUCUAUUGUGACUUAUUAACUUUUUUGCAUAAUUGAUAGCUUUAAUGGUGAACUUUUCUUUGGAAUAAGUAGGACUAGUUUUAUAUGAAUUAUAUGAAUCUGAUAUGAAUUGAAAAGUAAAGAAACUAUUUUUUUGAAAGAGAAAAUUAAAAUAGUAAAGAUAGGUAGAUAAGUAGAACCAGCUUGAACUAUGGCAGUGAAAGUGGAGGUGGCAAGGAAAGGGAGGCAUACAUAGAGUAGAGUGGACUACUCUGAGAGGAUGCAGCAGAAGAAAGGAACCUGCUCAAGGAAGUGAAAUAAUUGAUAAAACAGAUUGGAAAGAAUUAAAGGAAUAGCUGUAGGGAUGGUAGAAAGUGAGUGAAACAAUUGAUAAAUAAGUGCUGUGACAGGGCAGCCAUGACCAACCCAAAUCCUCUUGUGGUGAUCACUGAUGGCUAGAGAUGUAAUAAUGUGUUGGACUUGCAUUUACCUGAACUUCUAAGUGUCCAUCACAUCCUGAUAUCAUUCAUUCCCUCAGUACACCCCAGCCUGCACUGAUGCCUUUCCUCAUCACACCACUCCAGAAACCCCUCCCUUGCUGAUGUUCUCACAGAGUCCCAACAUUCCUCCCUUCUAAUUUCAUGUCUUCCCUACAACAGAUCAGUAUCUUACACCUAAUCUGAACCUCCCUCCUUGUAAUGGUCAAAUAACAAGCCUGUAAUACACUUUACAUCUCUCCCUACACACCUACAGUGCCACAUGACCUUAGAUAUCUGGCACACUUGCAAUAUUACUUACCUAUUUACUUACUCUCAUUUACCUCUAGUUUCCUGUCAGGGUUUAAUAUGCAGCUCUCUCCAGUUCUUCCCACCUUCAGAUCAGGUUGUCAGUGUCUCCAUGAUACUACAAAUGGGAACUUGACAUAGGAAAGAGGUAGCCACAAAACUGCUGGGGAGAUGAGAGAGUCAGCACAACACUUACAUUUUCAGAUACCACUUGUGUAUUGUGCCAAUGUGACUAGGAUAGGGGGGAGAGUUGAAGUUCACAUGUAUAAUAUUCAUAUGCACUAAGGUGUCUAGAUGGUGGCAGGAGAUAUUACAUAAUGAGUCUGCUGAGGGAAGAUGAAUGAUAAUGAUGAAUGGUAAAGGAGGGUAUAUGGGACUCAGCAGUUUUAGAAGAGAUAAUGAGGGCAUACCAAGGAAAGAUGAGAUAGUGAUAUUAAUGAAUGGUGAUAGUGGUGAUAAUGAAACAGAGAAUAUAGGGGGUAUUGGUGAUGGUGGCCAAGAUAAGAGUGUAAAAUCUGAAUUGUCAAGUGAAGGAUAGUGGCACAUAGAACAGUGAUAGUGAUGAAUGGUGAUAUUAAGAAUGUGGUGGAGUAGUGGUGAUAGUGAUGAUGGUAGUGGAGGGAUGUACUCGUAGUGUUAAAAUGAAAUGCCUGUGAGAUUAAAGUUGCAUACCAUAUACUGAAAGAAAUUUGCUCAUCUCAAUUACAUUUUCUUUCAACACUGACAUAUCCACAGGUUAUCAGGAUGAAGGAAAAGGGAAGGUAGUUAUACAUAUAUAGGAAUGUGUUUUUUCAGCGUCUUAUAUCAGCUACUUUUAACAAACUUUAGUGGACAUUAUUAGGGUUUCUAAAGGUGUUUUCAUGAUUUGAUAGCUUAUUAAGUUGUUGGGGUUUUCAAGGGUGUUUUGUGACUACUCAUUGUUUAAAAUAGUUGUUUUUUUUUACAUAAGAGGGGUAUUGGUUAAGGGCUACAAAAAUCAGUAUAAGAAAAAGACCAUAGGUGCCAAUCCCUAAAGAAAAGAGCCUAAAAGAAUUAUUCUAAAUUGAGGAAGUGUCUUGAAACCUCCAUCUUCAAAGAGUUCAAGUCAUAGGAAGGAGGAAAUACAGAAGCAGGCAGGGAGUUUACCAGUGAAAGGGGGAUAAAAAAUUGUGAAUACUGGUUAAUACUUGCAUUAGGGAGGUGGACAGAAUAGGGUUGAGAGAAGGUAGAAAGUCUCAUAAAGUGAUGCUGCAAGAGGAAGGGAGGCAUGGAGUUAGCAAGAUCAGAAGACCAUUAAGUAUGAAAGUAGUGGUAGAAAACAGCAACAUUGUGAUGAAGAGAGAGAGAGAGAGAGAGAGAGAGAUUAAAAUAGUCAGAAGAGAGGAGUUGAUAAGAUGAAAUGCUUUUAUUAUUCCACCCCGUUUAGCAAAGCAGUAUGAGUGGAACCCCCUACAUAUGUGAAG